UUUUGGGGCACACCUGCCUCCGGCGCUUUGUCACACCAUCUCACACGCUGACAUCCUGCAUGCGGCCGUCGAUGAUGCAUUAUACUCAAUGGACGCCGCCUUAUCGUGGGCAUGCUGCAACCCCCUGUAAAUGGCAGCGGCGACCCAUCUUGGAAGCGCCCGGAAUGGACGCGGACGCUCCUGUGUCAUUCUACUACCUUUGCAGACAAUCCGUCUCUGCCAUUCGUUCGCACCUAUUAUACGACUGUGCUAACUCUGGUUACCGCGUGUAUUGCGCUAUUCUGUACUUUAGAUCGUUUUCUCCCUGUCACAUCAGUCGUUCAAACGUCUCCCCACGCUCUCUGUCUUUGCAUCUCCUUGCUCUCUCAUUUGCUCGUCGUUGCGGUGCACCAUGAAUUCGACUACACUCCCCUCGAUGUAUACUGUACAAAAUGGAAUACAGACAGGACUGAUCGCACCAGACCUCCUGUACCCUUACACCUUACCUUACUCAUGUAAAUAUUCAGUACCUGGUACCGGUCCAUCCGGAACAGGCAUGUACCGCCGCAGUGUCAAUGCAUAAACGUGCAAUUACGUCGCGUUCCAGACACGUUACAGCUACAGAACGUCAGGGCUUUGCAAGGGUCGACACCCGGGCUCAUCAUUCAAUGAUUGGUCGGGG